AUGGAGCUUGAUAAAAUUGCCGUACUAGGGCCUGGAGGAAAUGUCGGCAGUGCCGUUAUCACUCGUCUCCUCAGAUCUUGGCCGGGCUCCGACAUCACCGCCAUCACCCGUCAAACAUCGUCGUAUUCUCCACCACCUGAUUCUGGCAUUCUUCACACGAAAGCAGACUAUGAAUCGUUUGAUGCUCUUGUCGACGCAUUUGCUGGCCAAGAUGCUGUGGUGAAUUGCAUCACCGGCAUUGCUACUCAAUACGAUCCAUCAAAGCGCAUCGUCGACGCUGCAGUCGCAGCAGGUGUAAACUUCUUCUUCGCAAACGAGUUUGUUGCCAACAUGGAAAGCGAGCAGGCCCGGCGCCUACCAGAGUCUCACGCGGGUGCAAAAUACAGAAUAAGAGAAUAUCUCAAGGAGCUUGCGAGUGAAGAGAAAAUCGCAUGGACUGGACUGAAUGGAGGUCCGUUCUUUGAUAUGUGCUUCGAUAUCGCUAACCGCCGCGCCCGCAUAUACGGUACGGGAGACAACAUACUCUGCUGGACACCUCUACCGAUCAUGGGUCUUGCCGUUGCGAACAUGCUGCGCAAUCCCGAACCCGUCACGAAUCGGUCGAUUUUCAUAUGCCCAUUCUCGGACCUCACUCAAAACAAGCUGCUCAGCAAUCUGGAAAAAGUCCUGGGCGAGAAUUUCGAUGCCGAGAACGUCGACGUCAAGAAAAUAAACAAGCAUGCGCGCAUUGCGCUGGAACGAGGCGAGGCGGCUAAGGCGAUGAAGGGCUUGGCGGUUAGCAAUCAAUUCUAUGAAGAUGAUUGUGGGAAUGAUUUUAGACAUUUGGUGGAGAAUGAUUUGGUGGGUGUGGAGAUGAUGAGUGUGGAGCAUGCAGUCAGAGAUGCACUGGAGCGGUAUGGAGAAGACUGUAAGGUGGUGGAGGCGUUAUUCAAGGUGGAUCCAUGCGAGAUAUAG